AUGGCCGCUUCGGCUCCUCCAGCUUAUCACGAUGUGGUUUCACCUGACGAGGCCAGUUCAUUUAGAAGUUCUGUUCCAGCGACGCAAGUUGAACUGCAUGUUUCUUGCAGGUAAAACAAUUCUUGGAAAUAUUAGAGCGGUUUGUUAAACAGUGAGGUCAACUCAGUCUUGGGCAACGAGAACGAGGAACUACAUGUAGCACUCUUGACAGCUGUUUUAGAAUGCACAUUGCAUUAAGUGAGCAAAUGCAUUUCACAAUCUGUUGUGAAGAUAUUUUCUCCAUAUUCAUCUUGACGAAACCUUAAGGGUAUAAAAACAUUCGGAUUAACUGUAGAGUCUGUCUGUAAUUUUUUUACCCCAAUCUGCCUCAAUGUAUGUUUCUUGCAUGUAUCAAAUCGUCCGCGAGUUCUCAUGGCCAAAGCAGAAUUUUUUUGAGGGGGUUUUCAUCGUUGACUAUAAAAAAUGAGAAGUCUGAGAAAACUGCAUGUUAUCAAUUUAUUUGAUAUUGCUUAUAUGUCUGAAAACUUUGUUUUUAGUGUGACAUGCUUAACUGCAUGCCUGUUAUUAUAUCCAGCUGUUUGAAUGACUUAAGCUUAAUUAUCGCCUUUCUUUUAAUCGUUUGUGUAUGUGUUUUCGACUCUUUAAGAAAUCUCGCUGAUAUGGAUGUUUUUUCCAAAUCCGACCCAAGUAAGUACCUUAAAAUAGCCGCUUACCUGUACCGAAACCAAAAUUUACUCUCCAUGCAUAAAUUGUAAUAGGUGAGCUCAGAUGUUCCAGUUUGAUGGUCACACAAUGCAACUUUAUUUACAGACUCAAAACUAGGUACCUUGUAUUCAUUUAUAAGUUUUUCUGACUCCUGUUCUUAAAUCAACGAAAAAGCUUUUGUAGCCAUUUGUUUAUUUGUUGUUUUUUUUUUGUCAAUUCAGCAGUGAAGCAUAGUUAUUCAAAAGAAAAAAAAUGUGGUUUUGCCACCGGUGACCAAAAAAAGUUAUGUCAUAAUAUCUGAUCAUCAUCUAUUUCACACAUGCCAACUCUUUCGGAUCCGACACCAAUCUCCUGGUCUCCUGUACGGGUCACCAUAUCUCCUGGAUAAAAUCAUCUUUAGAUCUUUUCUGUGCCUUAGUUUGAGAUUCAGCCCAUUUUUAGCUCAAAACUUAAAUUUUUCUUGUUCAUUGUAUGGUUUCCGGGGCAUUUUCGCACCUAUUUAGUCAUUGACAAAGAUUAUUUCUGCCAUCAAAAUGAUGAUCGCGAAUUUUGAUAGUAUGUAUCCCAUGUAAGACUUCAUAAUGUCCUUAGUCAUUCCCAUAUUUGUUGGGGGUGGGGUUCAUUGAAUUUCUGGCGGGGGGGGGGGGUAGUGAAAAAGAGAGACUCUCCAAAUUUUAGAUCUUCAGAAGCUGGUAUCUCUGCUAUUUGCUCCUAACAAUGUCAAUGGUUGCAGUGGGUGGGGGUAGAGAUAGGAGUAGGUGGGUUAAUUCUGGGUGCAUGUCCUCGAUUUGUCCUCAAGAAAGGAAGGGGGAUAGUACCCAGAAGAUAAUUAUUGCAUGUAUCAAGUAUAAUCAGGUACAUUGUAACUGACAGUAUCUUUUUUCUCUCAGUGGUAGUCAUGUACACUCAAGCUAUGGGAAGCAAAGAGUGGAGAGAGGUAGGUACAGGUGGAAUAGUGGUGGAUUUAAACCAUGUUUUUGUGGGAAUGUACCCUGUUUAAUGAUUAUUGUUGUUAAUACUCUCAGUUAAAGGAGUUAAAUCUGGUUUUCUCUGGCUCAGGGCACCAUGUCAUGAGUCCUGCAUGGCUAUUCACGGAAAGGGCUUAUAUAAUUUAUUUUUUUUCUAUGGAGGAUAAUAGAUCUGUAGUAUUUGUGUCUGAACACUUUGCUGAAUAAGAACAAACAUAUGGUAUGAAAUAUAGCAAAUGGUUAGUAAAUAAUGGCGCCAUUCUCGUGGUUAGAGUUCUCUCCCUGGUCACUCAAAAGAUAGACAGGGUGCCCAAAUUAUUUGUUUGAAUUAAAAUGUUCCAAGAGCAGACUACCAGACUGCCCUAAUGAAAAGUCUAAUCCUAAUCCCUUCCACAUUUACUCCAAAACCCAAGUGCCUUUCAUUCGAUCUGAUCUGUUUGCACUUACUGAAAUAUUUCCUCCCUUUCCUUUUAAAAUUUUCCCAAUUUUAUGGAGAACCAUGGACUCUUCACUUCCAUAGCUAAGCAUAUAUGUAUUACAGGUCAAAUUAAAUUCAGGUUAAUAUUUUUUAACCUAGUUAGAUUCUCAAUUCCCUUUAUAGUCUCAUAGCCCUUAUUCAUGAAUAAUACCUUAAGGGCUAGGAGAUAAAGCAAAUUGAAAAUCAAACUAGGUUAAAAAUUUUGACCUGAACAUAACUGUGACCUGUAACAUAUAAGCAUCAGAAUAAACCUAACUCUCAUGUUUUCUUUUAGUUUGGCAGAACAGAACACAUAAUGAACAACUUGAAUCCUGAUUUUGUCAAGACUUUUAUCAUUCAUUAUUUUUUUGAAGAAAUGCAAAAGCUUCGAUUUGAAGUGUAAGUGGAUGUGUUGUCCUUCACUUUUAUCCUUGAUCUAGUUUUUCUGACAGAUGAUUUAUAGGUUAUUUAUUUAUUUUUAACGUCUUAGGUAUGACAUAGAUAAAAAAUCUUCCAGGUUAUCAGACCAUGUAAGUAUACACAUGAGUAUCCUGGUUAUUCAUUUAAAUCUGCUGGAAAAUCUCUCUUUAUCAAUGAAUUCAAAUCCCUAACAAAGAUUUUCAACGUUCUCGCUUGUUUAUUAGGAUUUUAUUGGCUCAAUGGAAUGUACUCUGGGAUCCAUUGUUGGAGAAUUUGGUGGACGACUGCAGAAAUCUUUAGUGUAAGUUAGCAUGGUGCACUGUGGAUAAAUCUGACACUACUGAAAAUUACCUUGCUGUUUAAUUCGUUCUCUCUGAAUUUAUGCAAUUAAAAGAAUUCUAAUUAGUCUGUUUCCCUAGAAAUCCAAAGAUAAAGAGAACUGGAACAAUGAUUGGCGAGUAUUUUUCUCUUGUUCUGAUCAUUUUUUUUGGCUAUCAUAGUAUAUUUUCAAUCAACAUUUAGCUUUGGAGAUAUCCUAAUCUUCAUUUCAGAUGUCUGACACAUUAACCAAAUCUGGCUGAUCUGUUGUUUGAUUAAAAAAUUCCUGUUUGUUUUAUAGUAACUGCUGAAGAACUCAGUGAUUGCAAGGUUAGUAAGGGAAUGAUCAGAACCAAUUAGUGUCUUUUUUAACAUUUUGGAACUGUUUUGCAAUGCCACAUUUAGGGCAAAAUGAUUGGGGAGUGCUGUGGUAGUCAUGUGCAGAAAUCAUAAAAAUUAUAAUUUAUAGGGUACUGUACUUACCCUCUGAUCAGCUGCACCUUUUUUUGCAAAACGAAGACCGCAGUUAGGGGUGCAGGUUAUAGCAGGUAAAAGCAUUUUGGCACCUAUUAACAUGCAUGAUAUCUCAUAUUGUUAAAAUGACUUGGAAUUUUAUGUGCACUUCAAAAUUUUCCUUGCAUUAAGCAAAUACAACUAUGGGUAAGUAGUAAUUCAAUAUCUUUGCAAGUUUUAAAACGUGUUUGAAGAAGUCCAGUAUGGCUUGUAUAGUGUAGCCAAGCAUUCCUCCGCACAGGCUUUCAAAGCACUUCCUUUUCCCAAAUUAUGAAAUGAAAUGUGGGCUCAAACUUGAUGAACAUCUGUGGUCAGGGUUGUCAGAAGUUUUGAAGUAGAUGGCUAAGUUGUCAAAGUAAGCAGCCAGUCCAGGGAUAUUUAUUUAAAAAUGCCAUCCAUAAAGAAAUGCCAACAGAGUAGCUGGCCGAUUCUAAACAAGUAGGCGGCGAUUUUCGCCGGCAGCCGGCUACUUUUGACAACCCUGUGUGGUCCUCUUUUAGGAUGUUGUUACACUCCAGUUUAAUGGCAAAAAGCUCGACAAGAAAGACUUCUUUGGAAAGUCAGAUCCUUUCUUGGUGUUUUACAGAUGUAAUGAAGAUAUGAUUAACAUUUAUUUUACAUGUAGUUUUUUUAAAAUUCUUCAGAUCAAUCAGGGUGGAAUGUUACGACUGGGACAGAGAUGGAGGGUGAGAAAGUCAAGAGUGGUGAUUUUCUGUCUCUAAAUAAAAAAAUUAUAUUUAACAAUAAUAAUUAAUUAUUAUUCUACGAGUGUGUGCUGGAUAUGAGUUGGCUAUAGUCAUCUCAUAUCCAACAAGCGUGAGUGGAAUUAUUGUUUUAUUAAAAAUGCCAACAAAAUAUCGAGAAUUUUUCCCGCCUUUAUUUAUAACAACAACAGAUUUUCAGCUUGUUUUUAAUUUUGAGCAGAUGCGUACAGUUACCAUAUUUGGAGAGCAUGGUAUAAUGGCUCAUAUAGCAUGAUGGCUAAGCCAAUCAGAACUCUAGAAUUGCAUUAUCCAAUGAUUCAGUUUUUAAUAGAGGCUGUUAUCCUGUUGUUGAAGUUGAAUGUAAUCGAUAUCGGGUUUAACAUCACUUCCAUUUGUAGGCAUGAUCUGAUAGGCAUCUUUUCAACCACCAUAAAUGAGCUGAAGUCAGUCUCUGGAAUUACAUAUGAGGCAAGUUUUAUAACGUUUUGCACUGUAGCAGACCCCGAUAAGCACAUAGCCUCAUAAAGCUAGAGAAUCAUAGCAUGUUUCAGCACAGGAUUACUUACUUAGUUUACUUACUCCAGUCCAGCAAAACAUCUUAUUGCAUUGGAAGAUCUAGAAUUUAUUAGGAAAGGUGGACUUACUCGUCCAUACCUUUGUUCUUUUGUCCUUCCUUGUUUUCGCUUCUUCCCUUCCUAUAUAGCUUUAAGUAGUUUUACUACCCAUGAAAUGGAGCACUGAUAGAGAGGGGGCCGAGGGUAAAAUGAUCGCAGUCAGGGGUGUAGCCAGCUUUUUGACUAGUUGUAGGCCUGGUUGACUUUCAUCUCCACAUAAUUAUCCUGAAAAUUGCACGCAUGACUAGUACGCACCGACUUCCCAUAAUUUAUUACAAGCGGUAGAGUGAUCAAACCAAAAAUUUGUAGUCCCAGGUCUACAGGUCUAUGGGCUGGCUACACCCCUGGCACUAUCGGCCUCAGGUUUGUUAGUCUGGAGGUUCUUCAUGACUAGUAAUACCUUGCAGCUUCACUUGUAGAUGGAGCUUAGAACUAUUUACAUGUGGCAUUCUUCUUUUGACAAUCUUAGGUCAUAAAUCCCAAGAAGAAAGCAAAGAAGAAAGGAUCAUACAAAAAUUCGGGCACAGUAAGUGUUUUGGACUUAAAAACUGCUUACUGAUGAGAGAAUUGGUAAUAAAAGUUUUUUACUCCCAAAACCCUAAGGACCAAAGUUUCAGAAAAUGCUUAAUUUCUCAUCAUGAAAUGCUGUUAAAUAAAUUGCACUUAGCAAUUUAAAUUACUGCCCCAAAAGGUUUUAUUUUGUCAGGAAAUCAGCUGGCAGAUAUCUGAACUAAAGUUAGUGUCAAAUCCUGUUCUCGUUUUUUUCUUUAAAGGAGGGAGUAAAAAGGCGAAAAUUAAGAAUAAAUGUACCUUUUUUUCUGAUGGGAACAUUUGUGAUUAUAAUAUGCCAUUAGAUUGGAGCUGACCUAUAUACUCAACUUCAGGAUCAGGCUAGAAAACAGUUAUAUGGUACAACCAAUGCAGCCGUCACCCUUUUCCCUGUUUUAAUAAGAAUCUGGUUUUUAAUCUCUUCCACAGAUUUCCCUGCUUCAGUGUAGGGUAGAACAACAACCUUCUUUUUUGGAUUUCAUCAGAGGAGGGUAGCUACAUUAAUUUUUGUUGUGUACAUGUAUCUAAAUAGAUGGUAUAUUAUUAAUUUUCCAUAUCUAGCCGAAUUUUUGAUAACCAAACGUUAUCGCCAAACGGACUUUUUGCAUCCAACAGUUGUUUUCGGCCAAAAAGUAUCUCCAAAGUAGACAUAAUGAAAACUAAGAGUGCAACCACUGCUUUUUUUCUCUUCUCCUCGUCCUUUCUCUUUCCCCUUUCCUUUUCCUUUGUGGCUGUGAUUUUGGAGCUUCUCGGGCUUAAGAAACCUGUCUUUUGACGCCUUUUCACUCAAAUGACUGAACAUUUUCGUUAGGUUGGUUUUCAAAAAAUCGGUUAGAUGUGGAUAUAGCUGAUUGUGCAGGGUUAUAUUCAUUGAUAGUUUUGUCUCAGUCUCAAGUUGGGGCGGACUAACCCCUUAGCAAGGAGUUAACUGCACUUCCAUCCCGUUAAAAAUCACUGGAUAAUCUUGGGGAGGAAUUUUUAAAGCCUAAGAUUUUACACAGUUCAAAUUUAUGUAGGGAUUAUGGUGGUGGUGUAUGAUGGAAUUGGGAUGGGGGGGGGGGGGGGGAAAAAAAAAAAGACAAAAAAACUUGAAAAAAAAAAAAGGGAGAUUCCUUGAGCCAGCCAUUUCCAAAGGAGCGUGUAUUUCAAAAACCCACAGAAACCCGUCUUUUUUUUUUUUUUUUUUUGUGUUUGAAAUAUGAUUAACAUUUAUUUUACAUGUAGUUUUUUUAAAAUUCUUCAGAUCAAUCAGGGUGGAAUGUUACGACUGGGACAGAGAUGGAGGGUGAGAAAGUCAAGAGUGGUGAUUUUCUGUCUCUAAAUAAAAAAUUUAUAUUUAACAAUAAUAAUUGAUUAUUAUUCUUCGAGUGUGUGCUGGAUAUGAGUUGGCUAUAGUCAUCUCAUAUCCAACAAGCGUGAGUGGAAUUAUUGUUUGAUUAAAAAUGCCAACAAAAUAUCGAGAAUUUUUCCCGCCUUUAUUUAUAAAAACAACAGAUUUUCAGCUUGUUUUUAAUUUUGAGCAGAUGCGUACAGUUACCAUAUUUAGAGAGCAUGGUAUAAUGGCUCAUAUAGCAUGAUGGCUAAGCCAAUCAGAACUCUAGAAUUGCAUUAUCCAAUGAUUCAGUUUUUAAUAGAGGCUGUUAUCCUGUUGUUGAAGUUGAAUGUAAUCGAUAUCAGGUUUAACAUCACUUCCAUUUGUAGGCAUGAUCUGAUAGGCAUCUUUUCAACCACCAUAAAUGAGCUGAAGUCAGUCUCUGGAAUUACAUAUGAGGCAAGUUUUAUAACGUUUUGCACUGUAGCAGACCCUGCUAAGCACAUAGCCUCACAAAGCUAGAGAAUCUUAGCAUGUUUCAGUACAUAGUAACCAAAGUAAUUGAAUUUUUUAGUUUACUUACUCCAGUCCAGCAAAACAUCUUAUUGCAUUGGAAGAUCUUGGGCUUAAGGAAAGGGGAACUUACUCAUCCAUACCUUUGUUCUUUUUGUCCUUCCUUGUUUUCGGUUUUUCCCUCCCUAUGUAGCUUUAGGUAGCUUUACUACCCAUGAAAUGGUGCACUGAUAGAGUGAGGGGGCUGAGGGUAAAAUGAUCGCAGUCAGGGGUGUAGCCAGCUUUUUGACUAGUUGUAGGUUUGGCUGACUUUCAUCCCCACAUAUCCUGAAAAUUGCACACAUGACUAGUAUGCACUGACCUCACCAACACUUUCAGCUCUUAAGCUUUUUAGCUCACCCCAACAACGCAUAAUUUAUUACAAUCAGUAGAGGGAUCAAACCAAAAAUUUUUAGGCCUGGGCCUAAAGGGUCUAUGGGCUUGCUACACCCCUGACACUGUCGGCCUCAGGUUUGUCAGUCUGGAGGUUCUUCCUGACAAGUAAUAACUUGCAGCUUAACUUGUAGAUGGAGCUUGUAGAUGUAACUAUUUACAUGUGGCAUUUUUCUUUUGACAAUGUCAGGUCAUAAAUCCCAAGAAGAAAGCAAAGAAGAAAGGAUCAUACAAAAAUUCGGGCACAGUAAGUGUUUUGGACUUAAAAACUGCUUACUGAUGAGAGAAUUGGUAAUAAAAGUUUUUUACUCCUAAAACCCUAAGGACCAAAGUUUCAGAAAAUGCUUAAUUACUCAUCAUGAAAUGCUGUUAAAUAAAUUGCACUUAGCAAUUUAAAUUACUGCCCCAAAAGGUUUUAUUUUGUCAGGAAAUCAGCUGGCAGAUAUCCAAACUAAAGUUAGUGUCAAAUCCUGUUCUCGUUUUUUUCUUUAAAGGGGGGAGUAAAAAGGCGAAAAUUAAGAAUAAAUGUACCUUUUUUUCUGAUGGGAACAUUUGUGAUUAUAAUAUGCCAUUAGAUUGGAGCUGACCUAUAAACUCAGCUUCAGGAUCAGGCUAGAAAACAGUUAUAUGGUACAACCAAUGCAGCCGUCACCCUUUUCCCUGUUUUGAUAAGAAUCUGGUUUUUAAUCCUUUCCACAGGUUUCCCUGCUUCAAUGUAGGGUAGAGCAACAACCUUCUUUUUUGGAUUUCAUCAGAGGAGGGUAGCUACAUUUUAAUUUGUUGUGUACAUGAGCCAUGUAUCUAAAUAGAUGGUGUAUUAUUUAGUUUCCAUUUCUAGCCGGAGUUUUGCUUUUUUCUCCUCCCCUCCUUCCUUCUCCUCGCUCUUUCUCUUUCUCCUUUCCUCUUCCUUCGUUUCUGUGAUUUUGGAGCUUCUCGAGCUUAACCUGCCUUUUGACGCCUUUUCAAUCAAAUGACUGUAAAUUUCGUUACAGGUGGGUUUUCAAAAAAUCGGUUAGCUAUAGAUGUAGCUGAUUGUGCUCGCUGUAUUCAUUGACAGUUUUGUCUCAGUCUCGAGUUAAUGUUGUCUAAGCCCUAAGCAAGGAAUUACUGCACUUUCAUCCCAUUGAAAAUCAUUGGAAAAUCGUUGGGGAGUAAUUUUUAAAGCCUAAUAUUUUACUUUAUUUAGGGAUUAUUGUGGCGGUGUAUAAUGGGGUGGGGUGGGAGGGGAAGUGGCGAGAGUAAAUAAGACGUAAAUAACAGCCAACAAUAAACACAGUUUCCUUCAGUAGCACCUUUUCAGAAGAUACUGUGAAUUUAAACCGCAGAGUAAAGCUUGUCUUUUUAUUUAUUAUUAAUUUUGUUUAAAAAGUCAGAUGGCAAUUAUAUUUGAAGGUUUUGUUUUCUUUCAUGUUGCACAGAACUCAAAUAAACUUCACUGUAGCCAUUGAUUUCACUGCUUCGAAUGGUAAGAUUUCAUUGACGCUUAUUAUUGUCAUUGUCUUCGAUGUGUGCACUAAGAAGGGUAAUUUGCAGCACUGUUAAAAUUGCCUUAUCCAUCUAAGGCCUCAAAGGCAACCGUUGACAAAGGUCUGCUGUUUGUUUUCAGGCGACCCGAGAAAUGCCAAUUCUCUGCAUUACAUAAACCCUUAUGAACAGAAUCAAUACGUGAAAGCUCUUACAGCUGUUGGCAGAAUUUGUCAAGAUUAUGAUACGUAAGUACUCUUUUAUAACUAUGGUUACAAGUACUCUUUCUACUACUGCUAGUGUCUAUAAGCGUUAAAACCUCAAGAUACUAUUAUAGUACCUCGUAAAAGUUGCGCUAAACAAGUUUAGAGAGAGAUCAAACAAAUCAUUUGAAAACACAGUGGUUAAGAGCGAACCAUAGAUCCCAGCCGUUUCAUGUCGGAGAGGAGAGAAGAUGAUUCUUGUCUCUUACGUUUAACGUUAGUUUGUUCAGAGGGCGUAAACAAACUAACCACGCAACAGACUAGCCACGCGAACGAUGUCGUAAACGCUAAAAGCCAUGCAUGCCGUUUCAUGUCAGAGAGGAGACAAGAUGAUUCUUGUCUCUUACGUUUUACGUUAGUUUGUUCACAGGGCGUAAACAAACUAACCAUGCAACAGACAAGCCACGCGAACGACUUCGUAAACGCUAAAAGCCAUGCAAGAGACCUCUGCUCGCAGGGUAGUUAGCGUUUCUUCUCGUUUUUCAUUAUAAAUAGGGCACUGGUUUGUUCACCUAAAUUGGUAAACAGUAACAAACUUUCUCUAUCAGUGCUCUGUUUGACGCGUAUUUAAAGCUCCUUAAAGCGACACUGAAAGGAAAGAGGUCGAAACGCGGAUUUGAGGUGACAACUAGGAAUCGAACAUGGAACCUCCCGCACAGGGGCUCCAAGAAGUCGACUCGCCGCUAACCAAUUCACCACCAAGUAAUAGCGGAGCUCCUCGAGCGCGCUUCGAGCGGAGCCCCAUAUCUAAGAAAAUUUGGUAAUGUAUCAUCCGAGAAAAUUUGGUUAUGACGUCAGCGUACGACCUCCCGUCCAUACAGACGCUGGGGGAGGGCGAAGGGAGUCAGAAGUCAGCCUGUCGGGGGAGGAGUAUGUUAUAGCGGAGGUCAAAUUUUGCAUUUCAAGCGUCCCGCUUGUUUCGGCGGUAAUCACAUGGCCGCCCGGACUUUUAAAGAGAAAAAAAAAACAACAGCAACGAAAACGAGUCUUUUUUUCACCAGAUUUUAAUGUCUACAUUAACUUAGAUAACAGGGAAAGAGUGAGAGCGAGAAAUAAAUAACAACGCAGACCAAUUUUGUUGGAAGAAAAACAUGAAAAUUUUGCUACCAAAGUGAAAAUGAGCGGCAGUGAAAAAACAGAGUGAACAGGAACACAAAGGAAUCACGUUUUAGUCGUGCAAAACAACGGCAAGGAAAUGUACAAAAAAAUGGCUGUACGUGCAAAGUUGUUUUUUUUGGGGAAUUAGAAAAAAGUGUGCUGCACGUGCAAAGUGUUUUUUUGCUAAUUAGAUCUAUUGUUGUUGUUUUUUACCGUUCUCGUCGUUUUCACCUAGUCUUUAGUAUUACUCGAUUUAAUUUUUCUUUGAGGAUUGAGGAAACUAUAAAUAUUAAAAAGAGCUUCACUUUUAGUCCUGGCUAAAUCUAUACGUUAACUCUGUUAUAAUCGACGUGCGUACUCACCCAGGGUUACUUACCUAGGAUUUUUACGAUUUUAAAGAGUCAAAAGUGAAAAUCUUGACGAAGACCUAGGUAUUAAAGUAAUCCUAGGUUAGUAAACACGUCAAUUAGUGGAUAUAGCAGCUGUUCGAAGGAGAACUCACCAAUGGUGCCUUACCCUGACCCCUAACAAUACUAAAACAAUUGAAAGAAUGACAUGUCAGUGUUUCCUGCGACCAAUUAGGAGAGACCUUACGAGCAGCUCCUACACUACCCUAAUUAGUGCAGUUAUAGAGAGGAGAAGUCGUUAUGUCACGUUGCCAUGGUAGCAAAAUUUCUGGAUGACAACAAACCGAAAACGUCACUUAAAAACUGAAUUCGCACUGCUUUAAACUUCAUCGAUUUUAUUCAAUUUCAUUUAAUUUGUCAAAUGUUGGCGAAAUUUUGAAUCCCAGAGGUCGGUAUCUAAGUUUAGACAAAGGAAAAGAAAAUUUUUGUGUUGUGUUCGCUUACUUCAUAAAGCGGGCGCGUGAAGUUAGGAAGUUUCAUGUCGCAGUCGUGCAAAGACGGCUAAGAAAUGUACAAAAAAAACGUGAUGCACGUGCAAAGUUGUUGUUUUGCUAAUCAAAACCUAUUACUUCUUUUCCAUUCUUGUUGCCGUCGACAUCGUCGUUGCUCAAGAGUCCCUUUUGUUGUCAUCCAAAAAUUUUGACACUAUGGUAACGUUACGUCACACUUCUCCUCUCUCUUACGUGGUGGCGAUUAGACUUCUUGGUGGCGAGUUGACUUCUUGGUCGCGAUUGAACUUCUUGGCGGUGAGUUGACUUCUUGUAGGCGAUUUCGUUGGUGGCGAGAUGACCGUAAACCCCGCACAGAAGGCCGUACGCUAACUGACUGUGGUGAUCCUUGCUCCUCAUACCUCCCUACACAAUGAGUAAAUAGCUCUCUCACCUGUUAAAAAAACACUUUUAUAUGUUGGGGGGGAAUUUUUAAAGGCAAGAUUUUUACAUAGGUAAGACUUUUUGGGGGGUUGGGGUGGGGGGGUUUUGAGGGGUGGGGGGGGGGGGGGGGGGGGGGAGAAUAAAUAAGACGUAAAUAACUUAGCAAACAAUAAACGUAGUUUCCUUCAGCAGCACCUUUUCACAGGAUGCUGUGUAUCUAAAACACAGAGUAAAGCUCGUCUUUUUAUUUAUUAUUGAUUGUGUGAAAACGAUCAGAUGGCAUUUAUAUUUGAAGGUUUUCUUUUCUUUCGUGUUGCACAGAACUCAAAUAAACUUCACGGUAGCCAUUGAUUUCACUGCUUCAAAUGGUAAGAUUUCAUUGACGCUUAUUAUUGUCAUUGUCUUUGAUGUGUGCACUGAGAAGGGUAAUUUGCAGCACUGUUAAUUACCUUAUCCAUCUAAGGCCUCAAAGGCAACCGUUGACAAAGGUCUGCUGUUUGUUUUCAGGCGACCCUAGAAAUGCCAAUUCUCUGCAUUACAUAAACCCUUAUGAACAGAAUCAAUACGUGAAAGCUCUUACAGCUGUUGGCAGAAUUUGUCAAGAUUAUGAUACGUAAGUACUCUUUUAUAACUACGAUUACAAGUACUCUUCCUAAUGCUGUUAGUGGCUAUAAGCGUUAAAACCUCAAGAUACUAUAAUACCGCGUAAAAGUUGCGCUAAACAAGUUUAUAAAAGCUGCCCUUCUUCCAUAGAGAUCAAACAAAUCAUUUGAAAACACAGUGGUUAAGAGCGAAGCAUAGAUCCCAGCCGUUUCAUGUCUGAGAGGAGACAAGAUGAUUCUUGUCUCUUACGUUUUACGUUAGUUUGUUGACAGGGCGUAAGCAAACUAACCACGCAACAGACAAGCCACGCGAACGACGUUGUAAACGCUAAGAGCCAUGCAAGAGAUAAACCUCUGCUUGCAGGGUACUUAACGUUUCUUCUCCUUUUUCAUUAUAAAUAGGGCACUGGUUUUUACACCUAAAUUGAUAAACAGCAACGGACUUUCUCUGUCAGUGUUCUGUUUUACGCGUAUUUAAAGCUCCUUAAAGCAACACUAUAAGGAAAGAAGUCGAAACGGGGAUUUGAGGUCACAACUGGGAAUCGAACAUGGAACCUCCCGCACAGGGACACCAAGAAGUCGACUCGCCGCUAAACAGUUCGCCACCAAGUAAUAGCGGAGCUCCUCGAGCGCGCUUCGAGCGGAGCCCCAUAGCUAAGAAAAUUUGGUUAUGACGUCAGCGUACGACCUCCCGUCCGUACAGACACUGGGGGAGGGCGAAGGGUCUAAGAGUCAGAAGUCAGCUCGUCGGGGAAGAGUUUGUUAUUGGGGAGGUGAAAUUUUGUAUUUCAAGCAUCCCGCCCGUUUUGGCGGUAAUCACAUGGCUGCCCGGACUUUUAAAGAGAAAAAAAAACAACAGCAACAAAAACUAGUCUUUUUUCCCCCCAAAUUUUAAUGUCUACAUUAACUUAGAUAACAGGGAAAGAGUUAGAGCGAGAAAUAAAUAACAACGGAGACCAAUUUCGUUGGAAGAAAAACAUGAAAAUAAUAUAACGGCGGUUAGAAAAUGAGAAAUGCUAGCAGCUACCAAAGUGAAAAUGAGCGGUAGUGAAACAACAGAGUGAACAGGAACACAAACAUUUCCUCUGUAAAACGUGUAAAUAGGAAUCACGUUUUAGUGUAAAACAACGGCAAGGAAAUGUAUAAAAAAGUGUGCUGCACAUGCAAAGUUGUUUUUUUUGCUAAUUAGAAAAAAGUGUGCUGCACGUGCAAAGUUGUUUUUCUUUUUUGCUAACUAGAUCUGCUGUUGUUUUUUUUACUCUUCUCGUUGUUUUCACCUAGUCUUUAGUGUUACUCGAUUUUAUAUUUUCUUUGAGGAUUGAGGAACUAAAAAUAUUAAAAAGAGCUUCGCUUUUAGCCCUGGCUAAAUCUGUACAUUAACUCUGUACUAAUCGACGUGUUUACUCACCUAGAAUUACUUAGCUAGGAUUUUUACGAUUUUAAAAAGUCAAGAGUGAAAAUCUUGACGAAGACCUAGGUAUUAAAGUAAUCCUAGGUUAGUAAACACGUCAAUUAGUGGAUGUAGCAGCUGUUCGAAGGAGAAGUCACCAAUGGUGCCCAACCCUGACACCAAACAAUACUAAAACAAUUGAAAGAAUGACAUGUCAUUGUUUCCUGCGACCAAUUAGGAGAGACCUUACGAACAGCUCCUACACUACCCUAAUUAGUGCAGUUAUAGAGAGGAGAAGUCGUUACGUCACGUUGCCUUGGUAGCAAAAUUUCUGGAUGACAACAAACCGAAAACGUCACUUAAAAGCUGAAUUCGCACUGUUUCAAACUUCAUCGAUUUUAUCCAAUUUCAUUUAAUUUGUCAAAUGUUGGCCAAAUUUCUGGGUUGAAUCCCAAAGGACGGUAUCUAAGUUUUAAAAAAGGAGAAGAAAAUUUUUGUGUUGUGUUCACUUACUUCAUAAAGCGGGCGCGUGAAAUUAGGAGAUUUCAUGUCGCAGUCGUGCAAAGACGGCUAAGGAAUGUACAAAAAAGCGUGAUGCACGUGCAAAGUUGUUAUUUUGCUAAUCUUAACCUAUUACUUUUUUGCCAUUGUUGUUGCCGUCGACAUCGUCGUUGCUCAAGAGUCCCUUUUGUUGUCAUCCAAAAAUUUUGCCACUAUGGUAACGUUACGUCACACUUCUCUCUGUUACUUGGUGGCGAUUAGACUUCUUGUUGGCGAUUUCGUUGGUGGCGAGAUGACCGUAAACCCCGCACAGAAGGCCGUACGCUAACUGACUGUGGUGAUCCUUGCUCCUCAUACCCUUUCUUUGAGACAUUUUCAGUGGAGCUUAAUACUAUGUCAACACCAUUCUAAUUGUAGAGAUUGUAAUACUGAAUUGUUGCUUGUAGUGAUAAACUUUUCCCUGCUUUUGGAUUUGGUGCGCGUUUGCCUCCAGCUUGGCAAGUGUCUCAUGAGUUUCCCCUGGUGAGUACCAAGCUUUUUAGCCCUCGUGGCAGGCGUUCGAAGGGGAAUUGAGCGCGAAAGAAACGCGAGGGGCGCUCGAGGAGGGAGGGAGGGAAACGGCUGCAGGGAAGCCAUUGUGUUCCUCUCUCCUCGCGCCCCUCGCGUUUCUCUCGCGCCCCAAAUCCCCUUUCCCUUUUCCUUCGAACGCCUACCACGCAGGCUACAAGCUUUUAAAUUCCCCUGACAACAGUCUGUUCUUGUUGUAGCAACAAUCCUACUACAGUCAACAGUACUAUAGAAGAGCUUUCAUUUGAAACAUAAGUGUCUGAGUCUCACUUAACCUUACCGUUCAUUAUAGCUGAUAAAUUCAAAUUUUUAAGGUGUACAUCACGCUCCAAGAGACAAGUUUUUAGAUAUAGUGUACUUUUCAUACUCCGGGCACCAGAGGUGUUUUUUUCUCGCGUGCGGUUGGACGUUUCGUUGUCGGCGGCGGGCCGACAGAUCUUCGGCCGAAGUCACAAGUGGCAAGGCUUGACCGAAACCGGAAACCGCGCAUGAAUAGUCUCUGGCACCCAAGUUACUCUUUUUAUGUGUUGUGUACUGAAGAGGACUGUACUGUCUUCCCAAUGACAUACCCAGGGUUGGUUUUAAAGGGAUCCUAGACUCCUCUCCUUUCUCUCUGUGUACUUUACCACAAAACAGAAUUUUUGGAGAUGUCAAUGCUGCAGCUGCUCAAUAGAUUUAAGGACACAACAGAACGUGUUUUACAAAAGCCAGUUUGUUAACUACAGGUACACAAGCCUGCAGUGGUCGUAUUUGAUGCGAAAAGUCUAUGCUGUGAAGCGACUUGUAGCGAAAUGAUUUUGUGGAAAAAAAAUACGGAUAGGCAUUAAAAGCAAUUAUUGUUUCGAUUGUUGUUUGUUUUCAGAAUGGAAAUCCUCAAAACCCCAUGUGUGAAGGAAUUGAUGGAGUGAUGGCAGCUUAUUAUCACAGCAUUCAAAGGGUGCAGCUAUACGGUAACGUCAAUGGCGCAGCUUGAUUGUUAUGUAAAUAUGCUUGUUUUCAAGGCUAAUGGGGGUAAUACAGCAGAAAAGCCUAUUACUGGUGCCUUAGAGUAUUAUAAACCCAAUAACAGGCAGACAUCUUGGUAUUGAGGUUUGACACCAACUUUACAUUUGUGUUCGGAGAGUAGAAGAGAUCAUUAUUUUUAAAAUAAAAUUUUAGACUUUAUUCCAUAGCUUUGACGUUGCCUCCCUUAUAAUUUAACUGCAGGUCCUACCAACUUCGCACCAAUAAUAAAUCAAAUAUCAAGGUAAGAGGGCGUUGUAGUUGUUUGAAGCUUAGAUCAAUGUCGAUGUGAAAAUUACAAAGUUAACACCAAUCUCACUAUCUCGAGCAAGUGUUUGCUGCUCAUCACUCAACAGCUGGUUGCUGUUUAUAACUGCAGUUGAAUUUCCAAACAGCAUCUGCCCUAAUUCUCAUACUGCUUUGCGCGCGGCGAUAGAUUUUGCUUUGCUGUUGAGCUUCAUUUGAACAACUGUUGUUAAUUCUCGUGUCUUGAGGCAUUAAUUGAUAGUUUUUUCUUCAUUUCUGUAUAUUUUUCUCUAUUAAAAAAGACGAGUAUGUUGAGUGUAAACUUGAACCUUUGCUUAUUUUCUUUUUUUCAUGUUUUAGAAUUGCAAGUUCAUCGCACAGACAGAGCCCUGGAGAUGAGUAUGUAACACAACCAAUCUUUCAAUUGUCAAAUGAGAAUGGAGCCCUUUAGUUGGGCCUAGUUGUUCAAAGCCCGCUUUACGGCAACAACAACAACAGUUUAUUCAAUUAUCAAAUAAUUUAAGUCUUUGUUGUUACCCACAAGUAGCGGAGCUAUUUAAGGUGGGCAACAAUACAAUAACUGUCUCACAGAGCAUAUUCAACUAUUGGUUGCCAUGACAACCAUCUCUGGAUUUGCGCCAUAGUCUUUCGAGCAACGAGUGUUUUCGAGAUAUAACGAAGGCCGUAACCACUUCUUUUUCAAUUCACACCACAGUAGAAUUAAACAGUUUUGUCCCUUGCACCAGACCAGCCCAUCAAAGUCCACCAGCAUAAAUAAAUAAAGUGGAAUAGCAUUGUCUCUUCAAAGGGACGGGCUAUUUUCUUGGAAAAUCAUCACAGAUAGAAACAUACCGUGUUUGUUUCGACCAAAAUUUUCCGCGGGCCUGAGAACAAGAAAAUCUUAAAAUGGAAUGGACAUGGACGUAAUGAUACCAUUCGGGUUUGAAAUGGUCGUAAAAGGUAGUUAGUGCACUGGCUUGUUAGUUAGAAGUAAACUAUAAUUUGUUUGGGUUUUUAGCUUCUCUCUGCAUUCUCGUCUCGUGCUACUUUACGUUUUCAAUACAUAAUGUUUCCCUUUAGAUAUUUUGUGCUUCUGAUGUUAACUGAUGGAAUCAUCUCCGACAUGGCACAAACAAAGGAAGCUAUUGUUAAUGUAAGUAACUGUUGCAUGCACAAAAGCAACUCUAAGGGAAGGUAUUUUGAGUAUCAAUUUAGGGGGCCGACCUAGAAGUAGACCACUUAAGCCAAUGCCUUACGGCUAAUUAUAUAACACUUACUCAUCGGCUAAAUAAUUUAUCAGCCACAAUCGUGAGUUAAAUAGAUAGAAAAAUUAAGACCACCUUUUCCUUUCCCUCCCCUCCCUGCACCUACAUAUUAGCGAACUUAAUCAAAGACGUUUUUGAGCUGCCCUCGUCAACCGGAAGUGUAUUUUUGUCAUUCUUGAACGGUAGAAAGAGACUAAGAAAUACAAAUUUGGUGGCGUCAAAUUGUUUUAAAAUAAAAAGGACCUCACUUCCGGUUAACGUGCGUCGCUUAAUGGCGCGUUUUCGUGUAGUUUCGUCCUUGAUGUUUUUUUUUGAAGGGGGCGGGGGGGGGGGGGUUGGGGGGGGGGGGAGGGGGGUUUUUUUUUUCCAUUUUUUUUUUUUCCAGGUUUUUGGCUGCCCAAGGGAAAACGGGAAAUUUUUCCCUUUUACUUUUUGGUUGUUUCACCCUGUGCCCAAAGGGGGGUUCUUUUUUUUUCCACUUGUUAACCGGGGGCAGGGUUGAAUUUUUUGUUUGUUUUUUUUUGUUUUGUAAAACAGCUGCGUUUGGCUGUUUUGUCAUGUGUAAGAUUUUUAUUUCUUUGUGGGAGGAGAGAAAAAACUCGAAAAGACGAAGUGUUGUGCAUGAAUUGUUGUUUAAAAGAAGAGUUCCCCACGUUGCGGGUAUCGGGCGCUAUUGGGGGAUCGUUGUGUGUGUGUUUCUGUGCUGUUGGUUUUUUUUUGGGGGGGCGGGGGGGGGGGGGGGGGGGGGGCGGGGGGGCAGUGGGAUCUGUUUUUACCAUUUUAUUCUGUCCAAGCUUGUAGCUGCUCCAGAGCAAACAGUGAAUAUUUCGCCUUUACAUUUUGGAUGAUUCAACCUGUGACCGAAAGUAGGUUCUAUUCUAUUCCACUUGUUAAACGACGGCAAGUGUUGAAUUUGUUGUUUGUUUGUCAUUGUUUGUGAAACAGCCUGCGUUGGACUAUAUUGAACUCUGUAUUGUUCGCCUUAGUAGGAAAAUUGGACCCUUAUUAGCCCUUAAAAUGUCACAGGACACUAGUUAACUUUGACCCAAGUUCGCAAACGUCGCGCAUCGAUUAGAAAGACUGUGUGAGAAGCCAAACGUGGCCUAAGUUAGGGCGCUGUCCAUUUGUCAGAACGGGCCGCCCGGACCAUUGCCGGACUAGUCAGUUAUCAAAUGAAAUCGGAUUUUUUUUUGAAAUAGGCUUUUUGCUGAAACACCGUCUCCUUAGUACAUACUACUUAGGAUUAAACUGAUCUGGCUGGAUAGUUUUGAUUAAAAGUGAAAUUCGCAUCACGACGGGAAUAGUCUGGCCGGGCCGUUCCGAGAAAUGGAAAGCUUCCUUAGCUUCCUACACAGGAGUUUACCUUCUUUUGGAAAGAAUUGAGUGAGGAGCCAAAUUAACGCCUGCGUAAACGGAUAACAACAAGCAUAAUUUUGAAGCCAUUUGCAGAUAAUAAUUGUUCUUAACUAUUACAUGUAUAUUUUGAUUUUAGGCAGCUUCUCUGCCUGUUUCUAUUAUUAUUGUGGGUGUUGGACCGGCUGAAUUUGAUGGUAAGUACUUGAUAACUUUGUUUCGGAAAAGGCUCCAUUAUUGCUGAUUUAAAUUGUCUCAGUGAAGGGGAGGGGGGAGAAAGAAAGCCAAAACCAGCAGCGGUAUAUAAGCACAUAUAAUUGAAUCAGGACUGCAGACUUUCAGUAACUAAAAAAUACAAGGAUAGACAUUUACUCUCAUCUCUAAGAUGGCGCCGGCGUUUGGACUAAGAUCCAUGAUGAGGUUUCUUUUUCACUCGACAGGCUUCCUUGCUCAUCGUUAGUCCUUUCAAUGAAAAUUUGCCUACGAAAUGUCGCAAUCAAAAAGCAUAUAUGUGCUUACCUUAUUCCUUACCCUAGGGCAAGAAGAACUCGGAAUCGCUCUCUUAACCGCAUUUUAUGAACCCUUUCAGUGCCAAAUGUGGCCAAUGGCAAAUGUCGACCAAAUGUCCAAAUUUCAUUUGCUACAAUUUUGACCAACAAAUAGCACCAUAUGAAAGUACAGGCAGAGAGCUUUCAUUUGAAUGGUCACAUCAUAGGAUUUCGUCUGCAGACUCAAAAGUUAGACUCACCUUACAAAACUCCAUCAAACACUCUGGCACUGAAGGGGUUAAGAAGACAGCCAAGACCAAUAAAUAAUAUAACUUACCCAUUUCUCCAAUGAACUCUUUGCCAGUGCCGAGCAGCGGCAGCUUUACUUUCGAACAGCUUUCUUCGUCCACUUACGGAAAGAUGGCCACCAUGUCCUGACAUGAUCCGAAGAUCUUUUGGAUCAGUAAACAAUAGCCCGCAAAAAUUCAUAAGAUUUCAGAAAUGUGUCCAGUAAUUGCUUCUUAACACUUUAAACAGCUAGAGUACCAAAGAACAGAGCUGAUCAAAGAAGGAUGGAUGAGAUCUAACACGAUCAAAACUCGGCAAUCAUAACGCCGGUGGCGUUUGAAAAAUGUAGGCUAAACCUUUCAAAAGCGUUGACGCCUUAAUGAGCAUGCGCGAUUCAUAAGCGAAAGCAUGAUUUGUAUGCUGUUGCUUUGUUCUUGAUUUCAUAUUGAGAGAAAAGCUUUGAUUUAUAGCUCAAACAUCCCCUUCUGUCUUUACUUCCGCUGUGUUAGUUUUUACGGGGGCGUAACGGGAGGAGGUUACAUAGCAGCUGAAACAGUUAGGAAAUUAAAAGGAAAUCUUUCUUCAGUUGCGCCAUCAAUUCUGGCGAGAUUCCGUUUACAAUUCCGUUACUUUUGAGUAUACGUCACUUACACUACCACCAGGGUUCGCACGCGUUGUGAAUGUCCUUGAAUUUCGAAUUUAAAGUUCAAAGCCUUACAUGUAAAAGUCCUCGAAGUUACCAGUUUUAACUGAAACGUCCUUGAAAUUUGUUGCUCUUUUCAACCAAGUCGGAACCCCAAGUGGUUAAUGAGACAAUUACAAAAUAUUAUCGGCAGAUCAGAAGCAACACAAAUGAGUAUUACUGUCUUGAUUAUAAGUGGCAUGGAGUCCUUAAAAAUGAGAAUUACCCACUUAAAAGGCAUGAAUGAAGGAAUUCUUGUUCAAAAAGCGUAGGAACCCUGCCCAACGUAACGCCUCUUCAGCGUCCAGCCUGGUAUAUCCUACGGCCUCCGUAACUGGUGUUCUGGUGACGUGUGAAUGAUUCAAAGCCUUUAUUCGUGCCACACGUGACUAGCUUUUGUGAAAAAUUGAAUUAUGAUAUUAUGGUUAUUUAUUUUAAUUUCCUUUUUUUGCAUCUUGUAGCUAUGGAGGAACUUGAUGGAGAUACAGUUCGCCUGUCAUCGCGUGGAAGAAACGCGGAAAGAGACAUAGUACAGGUGAGGUAUUGCACUAUUUGUGUGUGUGUUCUAUUUAAAAAAACGAUGCUUAAGUCGCAUCCUUAGAAUGCAAUGUGUAUUUGUUGUAUUUAAGACAAACUGCCAGACAAAAAGACGAAAGAUAAUUUUUGAGGUAUUUUUUCUCCCUUUCAAAACUGUUUCCGUUUACCUCGAGUCUUCUCUAAACUCAAAAGUAUCAAAACUGUUCAUCAAAAUCUUUUAAAUAAGGUACCUUUGUAAUUUUCGUGGUAGUUCUGGCAGUUUUUAAAUUUCCAGCUUUAUUUUUGAAAACCCACAGGGUAAUUAAUUUGAAGAUGUUAUUACAUUGUGUGGGGUUAUUGCAUGUGUUUUAUUCUGCACUUUUUUUUCGUUGGGAUAUCUUAAAGACCUUUGUGCGAGUCAAAUUCAAAGUAGUUUUGUGAACUUUUCAUCAGUGACAUUGAUUCCGUAGCUUUGCAUAACUGAGUAGGGAAAAUUCAGCUUUGGACUCUGUGCCUUUUACACAGUGAAUUUCUUUCCACUUAAUUUCAGUUUGUUCCAUUCCGAGAUUUCCAAACCCAAGGUGCAUUAGCUGGCGAUUUACUCACAAAAGAAGUAUUGGCUGAGGUUCCAGAUCAGCUUCUGUCGUACAUGAAAUCAAAUGCUAUCAAACCAAAGCCACCUCAACCACUUUCAGUUGAAACCAUCAUGCCGAUUAUGACUCCUUCAGCCAAUCAAAACGCUCCAUUCACAACACUUCCCGGUCCACAAUACCCUGUCAAUCCGACUGCACCUCCUUAUCCAACCAAUCAAAACAUUCCUUACUUAGCCAAUCAGAGAGCUCCUUAUCCAACCAAUUAGUGAGCAGUGGGUAGUUAGUCAGUUCAUAGCGGAGCUCCACGCGUUCGCAAAGCGCGCGCGAGCGGACCCAUGAACUCAGACGAUUUGGCUGUCUAUCCAUACGGGCACGUGACCGUACGUCCUUUCGUCCGCACCACAGGGAAACCAAUAUGCAAUGUCUCACAUUAUUUCUAGAGUGGGAGCGUGCAACCUGAUGUUGCACAUUCAUAUUACUGUCAAUUACAGGGUAUCCGCUAACCAAUAUCACAUGACUAUAUCGCGGCUCAGGUGACGACCCAUCGAGGUUACGUGUUUUUUUGAAGUUGUCCACUGAAAAGUUUAUUGUUUGAAAUAACUUAUAAAUUCAUAUACGGGAACUUCGCUUUUAGCCUCGGCUAAAUGUAUAUAUUAAUAUGUCCUUAUAAAUCAUAGUUUGUGCCCUUCCGAGAUUACAUUGGACAAGCUGGGAAUGUCAUAAGCGGAGCUCGAUUGGCAAAAGAUGUGCUGGAAGAACUCCCAGAUCAAUUUCUUGAUUACAUGAAAAAACGAAACAUCAAACCCAGGCCUCCUCGAUACAACUUCUCACAUAUGGCCACUAUUUAAGGGACCAUUCACAAUCUCGUUGCCAGAGUCCGCGUUUUCCUAGACCAGCGGCGUCCAGUACUGAGUAGUAAUUUCUGCGUAAAACGAUUAUCCUGGGAUGCGCAGUAAAGAGAGCUCUUAAGCUUGUACGAAUUUGUUUCCCCAAUGUAACUCACAGCAAAAGAGAAUAUUCUAGGUAUAGAAUAUCGAUAAAGUAACCAUAAGGCGAAAUAGAGCCUUCAAAGCAUUUUGUUAGAAUAUUGUAAGAAUUUUUAUAUUAGAGUAUUGUAAGAAUAUUUAUAUUAGUCUGGGAAACGGCCCUCGAAUGGAGAAUAGAAAAUCCUUAAAUAAAAAUGACCGAGACCACUGUUUUCACUAAAACAGCUGGACGCACAACCUGGUUGAGGUCAUUGUUAUCUAAGACAUUAAAUUUCUAACAUGACUCCGAGGCUUUAGAGACAAAAGUGCAAAUUUUUCAAGACUCCAUUGUCUCUCAAUUCCAAGAAGAGACUUGGGCACAAUAAAAACUAAAGCAAAUAUAGAAAAAUGACCAGAAAGCCCCGGAGUCAUGUUAGAGUUUUAAUAUAUCGAACGUGGGCUAUUAGCGCAAGCUGAAAGGCCGAGUGUGGUCUGGGGGAAACAGACUAUUUCUAUCAAUAUAGUAUUAUAUACCAAUAUGUAGGAAAAAAUUCUAGGUUUUAACAUUUCCAGUGAGUGGACUUGAUUAGUUUUAAGUCACCCUUGGGUUAAACGUUUAGUUAAUAGUCUGUUCCAAGCUGGUGCUGACAAAACGUUUGUCAUCGGUACACGUGAGUUUCAUUUAAAACAGGCUGUUGAUUACCAAUAAGGUGAAAGUAGUUUAAGAGGUGCAUUUCUUUACCACAAACUAUGUGUGCUGAAGAACAAGCCUUCUGAUAUUCAGAAUUAUUUGUAAUGAAUUCCUAGGUGAAUUUUGCGUGAUAGCCUCGCAACAUUGUGAGGUUCUCUUGUUUUUUUGUGAAAGUGAACUUAGUUAUAAACAGGUGGUGAAUUCCUAGAGUAGCAUUACUCUUAACCCUUUAAGCCCUAAGAGUGAUCAGCGUCAAAUUUCUCCUUGAAAUAUCACUGCUUUAUAAAACAGAGUGGUCAUGAGAAUUAAGGACAUGAUCACACAAGAUGAAUCUAAUUGAUUCUUCAACAAAUUCUCCCAACUACGUCUUUUGAAAAUGUAUAGGGAUAACAAAUGAGAAUAUGAAUUUUCAUGUUAGGGUUUAAAGGGUUAACGAAUGUAGCAAGUUCUCUGUGUUGUAUGAGACAGAUUUCCGACAGAUUAAGUGUAUGUAGUAAAGAAUGUUGGUUCAUCGUUACUGAUAUGAAGACAAUUUUUUGUGUAUAAUCGGAAACUGUAAGAACUGUACUCUCGAGGCUUGUACAUCUUGAAACCUUGACAGUUCUUUUUUUACCAAAUAUUACUCGGGAAAGUGGGAGUCACUGGACCUCAAGAUCCGAGAGCGCGACGGCGGCAACUGCCCACCUACCCCUCCCCUAAGCUAACAUUAACACUUAUUUCUCACUUAGGGCAAAAUGAUGGCUUAGGGGAGGACUAGGUGGGCAGUUUCCCAGAAACCUAAAUUAAAUUUAUCCAAUACAUUAUCUACAUUUUUCCAUAAAAUUAAUGACAAUGUAAAGUAUUUCCUGUAAAUUUCCUUUUGGGUGUACCGCUCAUUUUAAAAACUGUAUUUAAAGACAAAAAUAAAUCGUGC